GGUGUUAUUGAAACAUUUAUUAACUGUUUUAAAUCGAUAUUUAAUGAUAAUGUAAUAAACGCAUUCUCCACUUAACCAUCAAUUCAAUUUGAUCAAAAAUAGAACACAUUUUGAAGCUAAAGAGCCGGGUUACGUCAGUCAUCCACGGGUGGUCGACCAAGAGCCAUGGAUCACAAGGUUUUCAUUUUCGCAGUUUCGUUAUUGGUGGCCUAUCUAGGCUGCGGAGAGGCGCCCUUUCUCAAAAUGACAAAUGCUGUGUGCAAAUCGUAUAACAAAUCGUGGGUAGCCAUUCACUACUGCCGCCUGAAGGCCUAUUCCCGAACCAAGACCAGCUUGAAUAUAAACGCCACGUUCAUCAAGCCAGCCAGAAAUAUAUCAGUUCACUUAAAGACGAUGAAGAGGGCCAGUGGGUAUAAGCCCUUUUUGUACGACUUCACCUUCGACGCCUGCGAGUUCAUGCGAAGGCGCAACCAGCCAGUGGCCAAGAUCAUCUGGAACAUGAUCCGGAACGUGUCCACCAUCAACCACACCUGUCCCUAUGAGGGCUUGCAGAUGCUGAGCGACUUCCACAAAGUCGAUCUCCCUGUGCCACUGCCAUCUGGGGACUAUCUACUAAUGGUCGAUUGGUUGUUCGAUGGCAAAGCGCAGUUCGCCACGAAUGUAUAUUUCGCAUAUAUGGAGGACUUACUGCCGACGAGCUCGAAGCACAGGAGGGGCAGUAAGGAGUUCCCCCACGUUCGGAACUGAUCUUAGGAUGCUAAUCACAAAAAUACGGAAAUUGUAACGACACUAGAAUUCGAAUAACAAACAAAAACUC